AUGUUCACUCCAAAAGGGAGUAGUUCAAAACGCUCCCGCCUCCGACUCGGCAACUCGCCCCGGGCGUCUCCCUCCGCUUCUCGCCUCGGGGGCGGUUCUAGCGUUCCCGUACACAUCGCCGAGCUGCUAAAAGACCAGUCCGUUUCCAGCGCUGCGAUUUUGAACGAUGGCUGGGCUUGCGUCGCCGCGGGCGAGAGCCUCCACUGCUGGAAAAUGAACCAAAAGACGACGAGUUUCAGAGUGCAGACGCCGGUCAAUUCGAAUGUUUCGGCGAAGAACUUUGCGAUUGUCGAGCAAUCUGCUUGUUUUAUUUCUAUUUCUGGAUCUGGCCGGUUUUGGCCGAAGUAUUCUGAUGAAACGAGGUGGAUUGAUUUUAGAGUGCCUGUUGAAGCCGGCGAAAUCGUCCAACAACUCCACUCUUCAAAAAACCGCAUCGUCGCCGUCACCUCCAAAGCCGGUCUCGUCGGCCUUUCCAUCUCCAACUCCUCCGUCAGUGCUAGAAUCCACCGAAAUCAGAAGCAAACCGGCUUCUUGAGCAGAACAAUCAGUUCGCUUUGGGCGAGCAGCGAGACUUUUGAGCACCCGCCGCUGUCGACGAUGGUCGACGAAUUAGUUUUGAUUUUUCAAAAAGACGAAAUUCAACUUUGGGAUGUUUUGGGCGACCAGGCGCAGUUGCGAACGUCCAUGGAGAAGGAACACGUGAUUGAUGAUGAUUCUGAUUCUUUGCUGAGCAUUUACGGGAACUCCAAGUACAUUGGCUUUCUUUCUUCUUUUGGCGAAAAGAUGAAAUUGAAGAUUAUCAGCCUUUCUGAAAUGCUAAACGAAAGCUACGAAUUCGACUCGAAAAUCAUCAGCCUCCCUCAAAACCACCAAGCCUCCGUAAUCCUCCCUUACAUGACUGAAUCAGCGGUUGUUUCAGCCAGUCGACUUUGGUUGGGCGAAGAUUGCGACGUCGAAAAACUCGAUGAAAUUUUGUCGGUCGGCGCUUUUGACGGAAAAGUGGUGGUUUUGACGAAAAGAGGGUUGGUGAUGAAAAAUACGAUGCAAAAGUUGAACACGGAGACGCUCUCGGAAACGAUGAUCGGAAGAUCGAAAAGCUACACGGAAGAGAUCUCGUCGAUGGGAUCGAUCGAGUCGAUGGAGCAAAUGGCCGGAUCUGACAAUCCAAAGUUGCGACUUCAGGCGGCGAUUUUGCAGUUUGCACGGGGAAAUAAAAAUGAAGCGAAAGGACUGCUCGCUACUGUGGGGGAUGUGAACUCGACUGCGAUUCAAUUGAGCCACGAUUUUAUCAAUGAAAUUCCAACUCAUGAUCCGAGAUGGUCGGAGACUGGUCGCGCCGCUGCGGCGCCUCAAGCUGGAAAACCACUUCUGAUCCAAAAGCAACUCGCUGAAAAGAUCGCUACCCACGGAGUAUUCCGUUCCUUCGUCGCCUCUUCCGUCGACGGAGAAGCCCUCGGCAUCAUCGCUCAGGACGCUGAAAAACUCGCCGUCGCCGCUGCUCUUCGUUCCAGCCCUGCGAAUUUGCAAACAGUCAUCGGUCACGCGAUUCAAAGCGUCUUGACCACAAUCGGGUCGCGAGUUCCUCAGCGACUCACGCCACAGGACGUUUUUUAUGCAAAAGUUACGGAAGUUGGAGACAUCGUCAAUGCGCUUUCUGAAUUCUGCGAAAAUAUUGUCAACCAGACUCAGCAACGAACGCCGACAGUUCAAGAGCUCGAUUUGAUUCAUCACUCGAAUCAGACGAUUUGCUCGAUUUUGGGCGCAAUCACCUCUUUCCGCCAAGACAACGCCGAUUUGUACCAAGAAACCUCUCGCCUCUGGACCCAACUUUGGUUGAAAACCCUCCUCUCGACAAUCAACGUUUCUUGCAUGAAAAAAUUCGAGCAACAGCGUGCCACAGUCAUCGAGCAACUCUUCAUCAUGUCGAAAUUUCUUCUUUCGGACAGAUUGGUUCACGUCAAAGCAGGAAACUCAAACUCAGAAUCGCAGAAAGAGUUUGUCAGCAUUCGCGAAAAAUGCGUAGCGAUUUUUACGGAGCGAAAACGAUGGAAUGAAGCGGGAUUGCUGGCCGAGCAAUUUCAGGAUUUUGGUGGGCUUUUGGAGGUUUACCAAGCGACGAAGAAUGAAAAGGAUUUCGCUCGCUACCUCCUUAUUCCAGAAUUUCCAGAGUUCAUCAAAAGCAAAUUCGUUGGGAAAGAACUUGUCGACAUUGCUGUCCAAUUCGGCGGCAGAAUCGCCGAGCUCGUCAGAGAAGACAGCGAUCACGGCUGGAUGCUGAUGAUCCGCGAGAACAACUUUGACCAAGCGGGAGAGCGACUGGUCGAGCAAGCAAAGGACGAUUCGAAUGCGUAUGGAAGACGAACACUCAUCAGCCUCGCUAAACUUGCCUCCAUCGCGGGAGGGGCUCCUCCUCCGGAUGAGACUCAAGCGAUCAAGGAAGAAAAACUUCUGGAUUUCCAAGACACAAUUCCGGAUCCACAGUUGCGCGUUUCCAACACCUCUUCAGCUCUCGACGUGUAUGACAUCAUCGACGCUCUUACCAAUCAAAAUAUUCGACAAAUAACUAUCGAUGAUGUUGAAAACGCGAUGCAAGUGUACGACCUAGCCGAACCCAGGGAACGAAACGAGUUAAACACGCUGAUCUGGGCUCGCCUCAUAAGCUCCGAAAUAGAGCAUCCUUCUUGGAAGCGAGCGCUGGAAAACGCGCAUCAACCAUUGGAAGCGAUAGAAGAUACACUAGUCGACCAGUUGCUCCGAUUCUGCACAAAUUCCGAGCAACUUCCAAUCGCGAACGAGGUCAUAUCUCACCCGGAGUUAUGUAAUUACGCCGAUCAGCCUGUGCUCUCGUAUAUCCUCAGCGCAGCAAUCGAGUUUCACGCCGAACGACUCGACGGAAUGGAAAGUUAG